AUGUCUUUAAGUACGAUUAGAAUAAAUCCAGGUGAUACAAGUUCUCUUGAUCAUUUUCCAAAACUCGUAGUUGGUGGUCCAGAAAAUGAAUUUGUCCAACCUGCACCAUUACGUGUUCGUCUAUUAUGUGAAUUAAUAGGUACUUGUCUAUUCAUAUUUUUUGGUGCAGGAUGUGCAGCAAAAGGACACGAUCUUUUAACUGUAUCUCUUGCACAUGCACUUGUUACUGUAUGGUUAGUCUAUGUAUUUGGACCAGUUUCUGGUGGUCAUUUUAAUGCGGGAGCAACAAUCGCUUUUGCUGUCAAUGGUAAAAUGAAAAUAGUUGAAAUUAUUGGUUAUCUUGUUUCACAAGCAAUAGGUGCUUUAAUUGGAGGUGCAUUACUUCUUGCGUUGUAUGGUAGUGAUAAUACAUUAGGUACACCAGCACUUUCACCAGGUGUAACUGUUUGGCGUGGAUUUCUUAUUGAAUUUAUUUGCACUACAAUACUUUCAUUCGUUAUUUUUUUUACUACUUCAUAUAAUACACAGAAAGAAGCAGCUCUUCCAAUAGGACUUGUUGUCUUUUCAUCAUUUUUACUUGGUGCUGAUCGAGAUGGUUCUGCAUUAAAUCCAUGGCGAUGGUUAGGUCCAGCUGUGUUUUCUCAUACAUAUAAAUCCGAAGCAUGGAUCUAUACGGUUGGUCCUAUUGGUGGAUUUCUUCUUGGUUAUGUACUAUUUCGUAUUUACAAAGCAAUUUGGAAUUGGAAUGCAGACAAUCAAUUUCAUCGAAUGUAA